AUGGCCUCUUAUGUGAGUGUGAACCAACCAGAGCCAGACCUUAAGGGGAAUUCAGUGACCAUGAAAGUAAGCAGCGACAUGAUCAAGAAAAUGCAUGAAGAAGCAGAGAAGGUUUGGGUUCCAGAAUUGGUUAGAGUCAUGAAAGAAACAAAGGAACCUUUUAUAAAUGUCAUAUAUGAUUGUGAUCCUUUAGAACAAAUAUUUUGGGACAAUGUGGUAUUAGUUGGAGAUGCUGCUCAUCCAACAACCCCUCAUGGCUUAAGGAGCACAAACAUGACAAUAUUAGACGCGGCAGCUUUGGGCAAGUGCCUUGAGAAGUGGGGAGCAGAAAAUCUACAUUCUGCACUCGGAGAAUUUCAGUCUAUAAGGCUUCCAGUCACUUUGAAGCAAGUACUGCAUUCGCGGAAAUUGGGCCGCAUCAAACAAGGUUUAGUUGUUUCUGAUUGCAACCCUUUUGAUCCGAAGAUGGUGAGUCCUGAGGAAUGCGAAGUGCUUCAGCAGAAAAACAUGCCGUUCUUUGGUGAUGUUCCUUCAAUACUACUUGAGUAGACGAUAUCUUCCAUUUGCUUGUGAAUCCAAUCCUCCACCUUAUUUAUACACGAAUUGUGUCACAACCAAUAAUCAGCAUGAAUUGUGUGUGUUCUGUAAUCUGUGCUUGUAUAUAUCCAUGUAUGAUGAUAGACUGGAAUUGAAGAAUUUAGGAAUAUUUGUUUUUCUAGAUUAUAACACUGUAAUAGAUUGUCUGAAGUGGGUGAACUUUGUUUUCCUUGACUUCAGAUUAUAUGAAUUCUUUACACAUUCUGAUUUUUGUUUUUUUUGCUUUUUAGUUUUUGUUGUUGUUGGCGUUCAAUGCAAGGGCAUGAAUAUCUGGAUUCAAAUACCGGGAGAAAAAAAUGUUGAUUA